GCUAGCGCCUGAGGGUUUUGUAAGUGACUAUUUAUGUUUCAAUGGGUAAAGCAUUCAAUGAAUUGCACGACAAUUGCUCUCAGUUUCCUUGUCGAGUUUAUUAAGGAUAUCGUCAAUUAAUAUAACAAAAUGGGAUGGAUGAGCGACUCGUCAAGUCGUCUGGUUUCAGCUUUUAUAGCCUUCGCAGUUCUUUGCUGUGUUUGUGUAGUUUUGUGUGCCAUAGGAUUUGUUCGACUGGAAUUGAGGCUCAAAGACCAAGAUGUUAAAAUAUUAAUGCUUCGGAAAGAAAUUCAGAAGUGGAAGAUUCAUCAAAGCGACGAAAAUGACGAAACAAGUUACCAUUCUAGGCGCUACGUCCGUGAUGCCCCAACUACAAAAAACAUGUGCCAACAGUGUGUUAAGCCUUGGAUACGAGAAGAGGUGGCAAGCUCUGUGUCUUACGCCGUUCAAGCUUUUUGUUACCCUAAAGGAACCAAAUGCAUCAGAGGGCCACGAGGACCUCCAGGGGCUCCGGGACCAAAGGGAGACAAAGGGCAAGAUGGUAGUGUCACUGACGUUCAGCAUUAUGGCAACGGCGGAGGGGAUGUAGCUAAUUUUCCAAGUGAGGAGGCUAUAGGAGCCAUAAAUUCGCCUGGUAUAAGAGUAGCACCGUCGUCAUUGACCGUCAACGAAAAUUCUCCAGCGACAUUUACCUGUGCCAGCACAGUAGCAGGAAAAGCUACCAUAAUCUGGGACAAGGUCGGAGGUUUUAAGCCUGGUGAUAGGCUUUUUGAGAUCAAAAAUGGAAAAUUAAAGAUCACAAAUGUACGAGUUGACGAUGCAGGGGAAUACAUGUGCACRGUGGAAAGCCCUGCUGGAUUAUCAAGAGCUGUUGUAAAUCUCAAAGUCAGAAGUGUUCCUAAGAUAAUCAUCACAAAAGGUCCUACAUACGCAUCAAAGGGGGAGAAUGUGACUCUUCCAAGAUGCAGAGCGACAGGGUUUCCAACUCCUGUUGUGUCAUGGCGCAAAGUGUUCGACAAAAUGCCCCAGGGUCGAACUGUAACAUCGGAUGAGACUAUUUCUAUUAUAAAAGUCAAAUUAUACGACUCAGGUAUCUAUCUGUGUACGGCGAAAAACUCCUUGGGUAUUGACAGAAAGAUYACCCACCUCGUUGUGCUCGUCAAGCCAAAAUUCAUAGUCAAACCGCCGAGAAAGGUGAAACGUUUCGCAGGGUCUCCAUUAGUUGUAAGGUGUUCUGCAAAGUCCAACCCACCUGCUGUUAUUUCAUGGGAACGAUGUGAGGGCGGGCCUUUACACAAGCGAUUUAUAGCUAAAGGAGAUUCGAUCACCACCAAACACCUUAGAAUUACGGACUCUGGGAUGUACGCAUGUGUAGCGACGAGUACGCCGCUGAUUACUCGUGCGCCUUUUGAGAUCAAAGUGAAGAUUGCCGAGGAUUGUUCCACGCUGUAUGCAUCUGGUGUCCGUGAAGACGGGAUUUAUAAAAUCAACCCUGACAACAAGGGAUAUUUUGAUAUCUUUUGUGACAUGACAACCGACGGAGGAGGGUGGACUGUCUUCCAAAAGCGAUUUGAUGGCUCAGUCAACUUCUUCCGUGGCUGGAAAGAGUACAAAUCAGGAUUUGGCAAACUUUCACAUGAGUUCUGGCUGGGAAAUGGUAAACUCCGACGCCUUAUUAGCGCCAUUCCCAGGGAGCUCCGUGUUGACAUGGAGGACUGGGAAGGAACUACUGCUUAUGCAAAAUAUGGAGAAUUUGAUAUUCAGGAUGAGAAAUCAAACUAUAAGCUUACUGUUGGCAGCUAUACGGGAACGGGUGGGGACUCUCUGGCGUAUAGUAACGGAAUGCAAUUCACCACUUUAGAUCGUGACAAUGACUUGUCUGAAAGCGACAACUGUGCAGUGACGAGCAUAGGCGCCUGGUGGUACAAGAGCUGCCACGAUUCAAACCUCAAUGGACAAUUCGUACAGAGUGAACGCAGCCGUCAAGGAAUGGUGUGGUAUUUUUGGAAGAACAAUGAGUCUACUAUUAAGAAGUCUCAGAUGAAGCUCAGGCCAAAGAAAAAUAAACAACAUAAGGGUUUGCUAUAAUAUUCUUCACUAUAGUAUACUAUGACUGUACAAAGAUGAAUACAUGGUUGAUGUCUAUGCAGGGAUGCAAGGAUGAGCGGUGACGAGAACAGAAACAAAUCUUAACUGUGUCGCUGAUUUCAACAAAUACUAUUGCCGGAUUCUGAGAUUUUUUUUAAUACACACAAAAUUACCAAUGGUAUUUGGAGAGCUUACGUGCCUCCUGCAUAAAUGAUGAUAUGGUGACCGCCAUCUUAAUUGAAAUUAUGCUAGUCUUGUCCUUUAGAAGUUAUAAAAGUAAAGCGAGAGCACUUGAGAAAUUUUAAUUUGGAAUGUUAAAGCAGAGUAAGUGUUUUUCUUGAUCCAGCUUUCGCAUGAUGUCUUCUCCGGGGCGUGAGCUAACAUCGCCGUAAUUUUGGGAGACUUAAAUCGAUUUUGGCAAAAAUAAACACAAACGCGAUUUUAGGUCCUGGAAUAUACAAACGUAGGCUUAGUAUAGCAUACCGACUUUGCAAGACAAAGCAAUAAAUUUGUAUUUUGCAUUUGUGACUCCUUGCGUUACAAGCAGGACACAAUCUAAGAUAUCCAGGUCGAAUUGGUAAUAAGGUCUUUUGAUCAGAUUUUAUUGCUUCAAAUGGCGAAAGCAUGCAACCAUAUGAUGAGUAUAGCGCCAAACGUCUCCUGUUUACGGCAAAAAACCGGACUCAUGUUGGGACGGUUCAAGGGGGUUAAUUAGGGUGGCUAGCCAUCCCCCUUUUUAGGGUUCAAAAAUAUUGAAAUAGAAAUUAUGAUAUAGAUAAAUGUAAGAAGAAAUAAAUCUAAAUGCGACUCAUUCUGAAAAACAUCUAAACCAGCAAUCAUCUAAAUUUUCCUUUUCCACAUGUCUAAAUCGAUCCAUUUAAUAUUUUAAAGUGAGCCACCUUCCUUUGCAACGCUCUGGCGAUUCGCCACUGGGGUAAAUGCACGUUCAAGAUUUUUUGCUCCGGCUAUAUGCAUGGUUUCCUCGUUAUAUUACAGUACCUUUAUAAUAAGGUAAAAGUUCCUUGAUAUCAUAAUGUGAAUUGUCUUUCGCAAGGAACAAGCAAUCAGGCUAUUAAAUUUAUUUGUUUAACUGAAGGAACCCCAUGGUGUACACUUAAUGAUGCACUUAUGUUAAUUUUUUUUCUUUACGAACACUAUUGUCAUAUGAAGAGUUCAGCUCAGUUCAGUUCAGUGUGUUGGACAUUUUAUCUAUACUAGUCAAAAGAAACAUGACUCGAAAAUAUUUUUAUGAUGCAUAUUAAAUAGCUUAUAUCAAAAUGUAUGUUUUCCCAAUGUCAAAUAACAUGUUAUUAUACCGCUAUCUUGUCAAUAAAAAUAAUGAAUG